CUUUAAAGUGUAAAACUGCGUUGUGUGCUCCAGUAAAAAUAGCACGGGAUACGAUGGGUUGUUGUGCCUGUAGUUGUGACAUUCUAGCCGUGAAUUAGAGCCUGCAAUGUGAAAUCAGCGGAGUGUAUCUGUGCGGAGCUUUAUCAGCCCUGCACGGCCACAUGUGAGGAUAAAGAGGUCGUGACCUCUUUUCCACCACUGAAACUAAACACGCAAAUUUACAGGCCGCAAUCCCAAAACAUCCUCUACGGAGCAAGGUCUCCCGCCAGAAGAAAACCACAUUUUUACCUUGAGAGCUGGUGUUAUCCUCAAACAUACCCGGGGAUUGCUGAGGCCAUGCCUUGGAUACCGGCAGGCCUAGGGAGCACUGUGAUCUGAUCUUAACACCUGAUAGCUACUCCCUUAGGCCUCACCAGUACAACAUCCUACCUCGACGGUCACCAGGAGAGGUGUCGCCACACGGAGCACCAUGCAUGGCUGCUCCUGGGUACUGGGCCUGCUGCUGGCCCUGAACAUGGAUUUAUUGCUGCGGUGGAAAACGUGGGGUGCAGCUGUUGAGCCAAAAGACUGCGUCAUCGCCAGCCCAUAUGAGUCGCGCUACGUCCGGGCUUACCUAGAACACAGCAUAUCGGAGCGCAGGUCAUGUGCCUCCAACUCGACAACGACUGCUGGACAGGAAGUGCAUGUGGUGAACCUGGUUGAACUGUCACAAUCCUCUAUCCCCACACCAUUUGAGGUGUCUGUCACAGUCAAGCCACACCAGAACAGAGGCAAAUAUCGGAAGCCUCUGGUGAUAGUUUUGAAGUCUGACAUCCCAACAACAUGGCGUGUAGAAACAAUUAAAAUCCGCGAUGCAUCUCCCAUCAGACAUCUGUUUGUGAUCUCGAAACAGUCGACAAUUUUGUUCCACAACUUCAGCCUGCGACAAAGCGUGUUGAAGGUCGAUGGAAUGCCAGAUGACAGCGAGUCCCUGAUAGCCUGGGUGGAGAGGAUGUAUGGACAGCUGACCUCGUUCUCUGAGCUUAGCGGAGUUAAUGCCCUUGUCAUGGAAGUUGGCAUGCACACAGUUCCUGGGCUUCCACCAUCAUGUGAUUUGAUUGGACGAUCAACAACAGCAUCUUUCAUCAAGGGGGCAUACCGCGAGGAUCGUCACCUGACUGGGUGUGCCAAUGUGGACAAUGCAAACAAAAACAGCAAGUCAGUUCACAUUAUAGAAGUUAGUGGAGGAGACCUAGGUGGCACGGCGUCUGAAAUUGUUGUGGAAAUAGUGCCGGAAAUCCUGGGCAGUGUGAAAAGCGAACUGGUUCUGCUCCUGAAAUCUCCGCCUAACCUCUCCUGGAAGGUCAAGUCUCGCAAAGUUCGUGGGAAUAUCGAAAUUGUGGGUAACAGUUACAUGGACACAGAGGAGGUGAACAUGGACACUGUGGAGACGAGGAUAGAGAAACUGCCUUACAGUGGUAAGGACCUGGUCAGCUGGGUGGAGUACCGCUAUGGACCCAUCCUCUCCUACAGCGGGGUGCCCACAAGUAACCACAUCCUGCUGCUGGUACCAGAACGAGAUGAGCCAAGAGACGAGAAGUCUAAUAGUGACUAUCCUCCGUACCUGUCCAAGCCCGAUGCUCCCAAGCUGUCUCCUUUUAAGAAUCCUUCGCGUACGGAGAUGGCUGUGCGGAGAUCAAUGUCUGUUGAGUGUCAGAGGAAUGGCUUGAUGAUAUUUGUUCCCAAAAAGGUGGCAUCGACAUAUGGGAUACUGGAGGACUACCUGUCUCUGCGAAAUCCAGCUUGUCGCGCUCACGCUAAUGCCAGCCAUUUUAUCCUGAGCUCUACUCUGUAUGGCUGUAACACACAGGUUGCCCAUCACAAGACACAGAUGUCCUUUACAAACGCGCUGGUUAUCAAGUCUAUCACCUAUGCUGACAGUCGUCGUGAUGACAGCAUCCUCGUCGGCAGCGGCGAUGGUAACCUUGACGACCGAGAGGAAGACUUCUCUGGCUCUGGUUAUGGAGGAUUAGAGGGAGAUAACUCUGCGGCUGCCAUGACACACAUGGAUGAUGAGGAUUACCAUGUGCAGACAUUGGAAAUUGAAAUUACCUGUCACCGUGACAAGCACGGCCAGAACUCGAACAAUCGGUUCUUCCUGGACGUGUUUUCUGGUCCUCGAUAUGACAGUCUGGCUGAAGACCCCAUCCUGGCCCGUCCAGGGGAGAGUAUAUAUGCCCAGGCUUCUGUUGUGGCAGAGCCAGGCAUCCAUCUUCAGGUGCUGGAAUGUGGCCUUCAGUCACAGAGUAUCCCGGGAAUCUCACUCCUCAACAUCAUCCGUCAAGGGUGUAUUGAGGAUGGCAGCACAAAGUGGCUAACAACUUCCUCAGGUAACGAUGUCCUCACCUCUGCCUCCACCGUCCGUUUCACCUUCAGAAUACCUGAUCACAUGACUGUCGUUGGCCAUGUUGGCUUUGACGUCGUCUGUAGAGUUCUUCCCUGUAGCCAAUCAGCGGCCAACUCUAAACUUCCUCAGUGCAUGGACCAGGAUCAGUUCUGUGCCAAUCAGCUGUCUACCUCCCCACAACACCUGCCUAAGGCCAUUAUUUCCCAGGUAACAACAGGAAGGAUCACACUGCAGAGAGACAACACUGGCUUACUCGGCAUGUACCCAGUUGACACGCAUCCUCCAAGAUUUCCGUUUCCCGAACCUAAAGAUCUGACAACGCUGAAGAUGACGAACAGCGAACAGUCGAACAAGGACACACCUCAGGGGAAGAUCAUUAUGGAGGGGCUGGACUCUGGUACCGUCAUAGGCAUCGCAUUUGCGGCAUUCGUCAUUGGUGUCAUGUUGACAGCUGCACUCUGGUAUAUCCACGCCCACACUGGCCCAGUGAAGCAGACAGGCCCAUCAAGAGGAUGGGCAGAGUCCAGUGGGGAGACAACUCCGUGUUCUACAGCCCCCAUCCAUAUAUCCACGUAACGCCCAGUCGAUCAAAGCCCCGUGCAGUUCGGAAGGCAAAUCCUAAACCCAUUACCUCUUUGUUUUCCCUCCCAUUCUGAUAUCAUCAUGUAUUUAUUAGCCAUCGUUUUUUUUUUCUUCAAAUUUUUUUUUAAAUAUUUUUUUCUUGGAGAAAACGGGUAGCAAUUGAUAUGUAAAGUUUUAUUACUCCAUGGCCAACCCUGUAUACCUCUAACAAAUGAAUGCUGUAUAUAGGACGUGGACUCGAGUCAGA